CUCUAUGGCUGUUGCAAGCCAAAUCGAACUCGAACAUCGAACUGUGCGGACGUAUCCGCGUAUCGCGUAGAUACACAUCCCAUAGAUACAAGAUACAAUUUCCCUAGCUCGUAGGUGGUGUGUAUUGCAGCAGAAGCGGAGGUUUUCUCUGCUGCGCCGAGCCCUCUGCCGCUGCCCAUAUACCAUAUAUUCCCAUUCCCGUCCGUGUGAGAGCGACGAAUUUGAAUUUGAAAAAUUCAAUAAAACAAAGAACAGUGAAAAUCGGUUCGAAGUACGCUAUUCAAAUUGCAUCCAGCGAGUUCAAGGCUUUUCCCUUGGAGAACGAAGACCAAAGAACGAAAACUGCGUGAACAUUUUUUGGUGUACACCUUGAAAAUCGAUGUUAGUGUGUGUUGAAGUGUAUCUGCGAGGUCCAAGCCCCGCUUGACUAGAUUUAAUUGAUAUUAAACAUAUAUAUGAAGUGCAAGAAAUACAACAUUGUCUAGCUGGGUGAAAAGUAUCUAAACCCCAAUUAUUCGGCAAACGCUCGGUUUAAUUCGAUUGAGGAGCCGAGAGGGGCGAUGCGAGGCUGGGAGUGGAGAGCCCACGAGAGCGACAGACGUAAUCUAGCAGUGCAAACGGUGGUGGAGCUGCUCCACCGACAACAACAACAACAACAACAAUAAUGCUGAGAAAGCAUCAGCUUUAGAGACGACAGAAGCAGUGACUUUGGCUCGGCUCGGCUGUCUCUCAGUUUUUGGCUCUUGCGCAGAAAGCUGCGAGCUCUGCGAAUUCGCCACUUCGCCGAACAGGGAGCAGUGAGCAGUGAGCAGUGAGCAGUGAGUGUGUGUUUGGAAACACCUUGCUCCAAUAUUUCAGCCACCCGCCACCCCCCGACGCCGACAACGACACCGACACCGACCGAUUAUUGCCCGAUUUUGCGAUUGCGAGUGGCACAAACGGCGAACGGCUAGCAGAUUCAGUCUCAGUUUCGGUUCGUGCGCGUUCUGCUGCUGCCCUGCAGCGGAAAAUUCGAAAAAGCCAUCCCAAUCACCCAUGGAGCACCACCAGCACUAGCUCCCAAGAAGCUCCCAAAAGGAAAAAAAAAAAAAAUAGGAGAAGGGGGAACAAAGAUUAGUAAUUUUCCAAUGCUGGUAGCUGAAUUUUUAUUUAAAACAACAAGAACUAAAACAAGAAGAACGGGAAUAACCAGGAGUCGGAGAAGAAGAAGAACCCUAGUAGCAACUUCAACAUUGUCGCCGUGACACCGACGCCAGCGUCAGCGUCAGCGCCAGCGCCAGCGACAGCUCCAACGUUGCUGCAGCGUUGCAGCAUCAUCAGCCCAGCUAUGAACUACAACUACAACAACAAAAACAACUGGAGCUCCAGGCACAACAACAACGAAAGAAUAGAACAGGACACGCAGCAACAAAUGCAGGCAGCCGUCAGGACAACGGGCACCAGCUUCAGCUCCAGCUCCAGCGCCAGCGCCAGGGCCAGCUUCAGCCACACGUCCACAACCAAGACGAGGGCAGGAACAACGUCGUUAAUCUAUUUACCGCCUUUCUGCUAUCCUUGUAAGCAUGUGCCUGCGGCCAGCACUACAAGGAGCAAGAGCAGAAGCCGGAGCAAAAGCAGAAGUCAGGAGGAGAGCUGUAGAGGAGUAAAAGGAAGCAGCUGUUGUUGUCGGCCUGGCUGGGAACACAAAAAUUAUGAUAAACAUGCUUCAGCGGCGACGUUGACACCAGCAACAUCAGCUGCAGUCGCCAAUUCAGGUCCUGCAACGGCAACAGCAACAAUGUCCUCCUGCUCCACUACCAUUGCCGCAGCAUUGGCCUCUAGGGCUGGUGAAUUCCUGCAGCCGGGAAUUCAGUUACCCGUGGCCGCAGCGGGGCAUGCCUGCACCGAUCUCCGGCAGACGUCGCAAUUAGUUAUGCCCAGUGUUGCAGAAGCGGGUGGCGUCUUGGAAUGCGGCAAGCGAUGCUGGCGACGUGAGCGAAUGCGGCGAGGCGAACGACCAAGUCAUGCGUCUGCGGCUUCGCUGGCCCAGGUAAAUCCAAUCAGCACUUUCGCAGCAACAAUGGAGGUGGCAGCAACAGAGGUGGCACCACCAGAAACAACACCAACAACAGGAGCAAGAACAACCGCGCACAAUUCGCUAACAACGACAACUACAGAUACAAAUAGAAACCUAACUACAACGGCAAGAGGCACCACUGGCGCAGUCCUGCCGCAAGAUGAGAAGAAGGAGUAUGAUGAAUGUAGGUGCUUUAACUAUAACGGUGAUAUUAGUCCGGAGCGACUUUCCGGCAUUACGUGGCUGAUGUUCUUGUGGCAGCAUCUGCUGCUGCUGCUUCUGCCGGGCAACGGCAAGGGCAACGGCAACGGAAACAACUCCCACUUCGCAAGGAAAACAGCAAGGAGCUACAGCACUGGCAGCAAUGGCAAUGCCAAUGGAAGCAGGAGCAGCAUGACGUCGACAAAAAGUUGGCUGGGACCGUUGCUAAUGCUCCUGCUGGCCACGUCCGUCAGCGGCUGGGGUCGGCAAGAUGCGCCCACAAAUUGCACGUUUCCGGCCCGAUGGGAGGGCUCCUGGUUCCUGUCCGGCUAUCAGCAAUCCAUACACAUCAAAGGCUCCCAGUUCAGCUAUCGAGGCAGGUGUGCUGCCUCCGAUGGUAACAAAUAUCUGAUUGUCGACGAGAAAGGAUGUCAUCGUUGCCUGGUUAUCUAUGAGAAGCAUAAAAAUGUGCUCCAAUAUAAAGAAAGUGAGUGCGAAGGUGAUAGUAUGUAUAUGCAUCAGUCGAACCCAUCUGCACUGGCGAUGCGUAGCUCUAAUAAACAAAGUGAUCAUAGGGGGGGAGCUCAUCCCAAUACGAACGGGCAUUCAAGACUAUCUUCAUCGGAUCAGUACAUAAUGAGAUCCAAUGACGAUAUGAAUGAUUGUCCCCCAGACUUUUGCAAGGGCCGUGAGACUUUACAGAAUCUCUGCGACCAAAUUCCGGGCGAUGCCCUGCUCUACUCGCUUUUCCGGGAGAGCGCCGAGCCGGUCAAGUGUCCGCUCAAGGGCCCCUUCAUCUUUACGUACAAUCGAGGCCACGGGGAGUGCAAGUCGCCGGUGUCCAACAUUGAGAGCUGCACCGAGGAGAGUCGCCUCCUGUUGAGCUUCCAGGCCUGUCCCGAUGUCCAGGGCACCGAGAGUACGGUGGAGGAGCUGACGUGCCUGGCGACCUGGAAGGAUGGCAACUCACGCUAUUUGGUGGGCCUCGUCUCGCACCAUCACGCCAUUUCGAACGAGGAACGCUACCGCUGUUUUGUCUACGAGAAAAUCUCCUCCCUGAUGGGCGGCCCCAGUAUGCUCAGCUCCAAGGAUGCCGAAUAUAAGCUGGCCCAAUCCGGCGACGCCACUUGCAAUGGCUUAGACAGUGCCGAGGUCGGCUCCCGUAUUAUGUCGCUGCGAAAACCGCCUGUGGCCGAGCGCUGCGACUUUCCGGCCUGGUUCAAGGGUCCGCGUCACUGGCAUGCCCUCAUGGGCAAUGCCGUCUACAAUUAUCAUUCCAACGACGGAUCCGUGCACAUUAUUAAGCCCAACGGCUAUAUGGAGACACGUGCGCUCUGCGAGCAGAUAAAUAAACAGACCUCAACCGAAAUGAUGGCCGUGGUGCACUACACAACCGGGUGCCAAUCGGGAUUCAUGUGCAUGAUGUUCUACCGCCGGGACACGUUCGUCAUCGAGAUUCAGACGGGCAAGCCGGCAAUUCGCCUGGAGGAUGCCUGUGCACCGGAUCACUUUGACAUCAACAAAAUGGCCUACAUCACCUUGUUAGCCAGCAAUCCGGAUUUGGCAAUUUGUCCCAUGGAGGGCAUCUACACUUUGCGAGGCGCCAUCGGGCCGCCGUAUCUGGCGACGCGCCACAAGCGCAAUCACAAUGGGAAAUCGCAUCUGGGCCACGGACACCAUCAUCAUGAGAGCGCCGACUCCGGCGGUUUCGGUCACAGGGGGCACAGUUCGCUGAGUUUUCGGAAUUUGGAGCGCACUGAGCGCGGUUCAUGGCAUGGCAAUACCCGAGGUCUUCAGGUCCGCAAUCGCCGCAACGCACCCAAGGAUCCGCAGGUGUUGGAGCAUCAUCAUCAGCACCAACAGCAGCAGCAGGCUUUGGUCCUUCAGAAGGUCAACAGCAGCGACACUAGUGUGGGAUUUGUGGCCACCCGAAAUCGGCGGGAUGUGCCCGCCUGUGUGCCCAAUUACAAUGCCCAGCGACAGCUUUGGGUGGGCUGCACGGCGGAAAAUCUGAUCGAUGUCAGUCCACUGUGCAGCGUAGAGGGCGAAGAGGAGUACUCCUGUCAUGGGUCUUGGAGCGAAAACAGCACCUUCUACAUCAUCGCCCGGCACAAGGGCAGCAAGCACGGCGUCUGCCUGACCUACAAACCCACGGAGGGCACUGCAGCCAAGCUGGUUGUGGGGGAUGCCUGCUACCGUGGAACCCAAAAGCCACCAGAUCAUCACCUCGUAGCCAACCUGUCUGUUUUGGGUAAAUGCGGCGAAACUGGCUUCAGUUCCGGAUCAACUCAUCUGGCCAACUGGUUGCUUUUGAUGGCGAUGGGUGCGUGGAUAAUCCUACACAGCUGAAAUAAAAACUCACCAUAGGCAAAUAAGCGUGACAGGCCAAAGCGCUACGUAUACAUCGCUAAAUCCCCGAUACCAAUACCAAAUCCAAAUCCCAUUACGAUCGACAUGUAUACAUCAACCAUCUAAGACUUAUUGUAUAUUUCGUGUAGUAUGUUUAAGGCGAAAACGAACCACUUCGCACUGGUUUGGCUGUAUAUAAUGUAUUGUUUUUUCUUUAUUAAUGAUACACACUUUUGUUUAGUUCUAAGGGCUUUAAAUAAACACAAUUUCGAUGGAUUAAGACAAAGCACAGACACACAAUAUGGAAAACGGUUUGCAAUACAGCCUUAGAUCAGCGCUAUUUGUAUUUAGGCCUAUUAAACUAGAAACUAUGCAAUGUGCAUCAAAAGCUAUUUAUUUAUAGUGCGAUUACAUAUUAAGCCGAGAAAAAAAAACAAAAACCAAGCAGAGAAAAGACAUCAGUACUAUACGAAUACAAGCUAAAAGCUUUUUCGUUUUGUUUGUUUUUUGAAAUCAUCUUGUAGUGUGUUUAAUAGCAUGUAUUUUGUAUAUCAUUUCCAAAAUGUUUCCUACACAAAGUACAUAUUAGAAGAACACAGGACGAAGGUGGCAUUUUAAACUACAUAUAUACAAAUAUGAUAAACGAAAUGUAUUUGGAAAGAAGUCUGUUUUCGCGAUGUUUUCAAAAUGUACAAACGAGCAAGUUAUGCUAUUGCGAUUGCAUUCAAAACAGCAAAUAUGUGGCAUACAUAUACAAUAUAUUUUUAUGUACAAAAAAAAGGCAAAAUCGUACAUACAUUCAAUACAUACGAGUAUAUAUAAUGGAUAACGUUUUGCAUAGGAUCGCAUUGGUUUCAUAAUACAUAAUUAAUACCUUGCAAAGUACGCAUAUAUUGUAUGAUUCAUUAUUAAUAGUUAUACAUAUACUGGCAACCAUACAACAUACAUACCUAGGACUGUAAGCAAAAAAAAACGUGAGGAAUUCGAGCAAAUUUGAUAAGUAGAGGCACACAACUUUCAUAAUCAAUCAACUAACUUCGUAAGAUGCAGAAAAUUAUAAUGAAAUUAACGAAAGGGAAAAAAUGUAAUACAUCUCACAACUCAACCAAACGAAUGAAAGACAGACGGUGUCGGAUCAGGAGCUAAGGAUGCUAAAAUAAUUAGUGUGUUUAAGACAAUUAAGCGGUGAUAUAGGUCUAGAAAUAAACAACUGUGUAAGUCUCUUAUGAUAGCACAACAGCAACAGCGACAGCGACAAAAACACCAGUUGCAACAGCAGGGUGUGAAUGAGAAUGAGGAAAUAAUGAUGAUCAAGUGUAUCCAAAGGAUUUCAAAAACUAGCAUUUUUCUCUCAUACAUAGUAGUUGAACACAAACAAACAAACAAGCAAGCAAGUAAGAAAGCAGUUUUGCCAGAAAAAUUCCAAAAUCUUAAUAUCGUUUGUCGAGUACCGAACCGAUGAACCGAUGAACCGAUUUACCGAUUAAUCAGUAGCCAGAUUAUCAGAUUAUGAGAGCGAGAUACCCCUUCAAGGCAACUAGUCAAAAUUAUGAUGCGUAACUUUGAGUUCCAUGUAAAUAGCGAAUGUGAAAGCGAAUUGAGCAACAGUACGCGGCGUCUGUAUACAUAUGUAACUAAUUGCUAGUUAGCUAAAGGAUGAAAGGAUUGUGGCAGGAGGAACGAAACGAUGACUUGGUGGGCAGGAUGCAAACGUGCGUACACAGAACAUAAGGGUUACUUUCUAAGUACUAUGUAUACAUUCAGCAAACACUUAUAAAUAUACGAAUUAUAAACGGCAGACACAUCCAAUAGGAAUACACUAAGAAAACGGGCACAUGACCCAUAAAUCCCAAAAACCGGAACCGGAAACGCCGUCGGCUAUGGCGAUGGCAAUGGCGAUGACAGAAGCUCUCCUUUAAGUGUGGCCAGACAAAUCAGUAAUCUUGAUGUACAAAAUGUACAAUGAUGUAGAGCCGCGUUGUGGAUAGCCGUGCAGCAAAUAACUUGAACAUUUUUUUAAGUGUACCUCUCUCUACAUAAGCAUUUCCAUUUGUUGUCAGCUUUUAAAACGUAAAUAUGAGCAUAUUUAAUAAUAACGAAGACAUUUUAAAAAACAAGAAAAAACCAAAAGCCACAUACAAAUCAAAUGAAUUAUCGUAUAAUACUUCAAGCCAACCGGGAAAGUUUUAAAUCCCAAUCUCCUGCCUCCAUCAGCCAGCACUGAAAUUCCGUUUGGCAACCGCUUAGCUGGUUUAUUUUGCAACUGUUAAGCUGAGACACUUUACUGACCUCCUCCCUCCACUUCCACUCAUAAUUUUCCGUUUCUGACUAACUCAACCCCAUCCUUAAACCAAACCAUCCUCCAGCCUUAGUUGUCUUCUUGUGUCAUUGUGAAAAUCUUAGCGUGUUAUUGAUGUUCCAAACGGUCUCCACAAAUGUAUUCGAAUGUUUCUAAAAACUGCUAAAAAAAAAAGUAAUUACAUAAAAAAAACGAUAACUAAAUAAAUGAAAAGAAACAUAACAAAUCCAAACCAAACAUAAAUGUGCAAACAUAUUUUUGUAAAUAGACGAAGCAACGCUUGAAUUUUUAUCCAAUUUUUGUGUAUGGCCAAUUGCAGUCGACCGACUUUUGAGCGGUGGGCAAUGGGCGGCCGAGCUCAGCUUGUGGGCGUGGCUGCCUUGCCAGAGUGUGAACGCUAAGCAUUAGAUAUAAGUGAUUUUUAUAUUCAAAGCGAUUUUAUAAAUCAUUUUAAUUGUCUAUUUUAAAAUGUGCAGCAAGCUGAAAAAAAAUAAGCCGUCAGUUUAGUUUAUGUGUGUGAAGAAAAAAUGUAUGGAAUUUUCGUCAAUAAUUGAAUGUUUCAAAUACUAUGUUCUAACCUUGUUUGGAUUUGUUUUUUAAGCUAAUAUAAAUACAAAUACAAACUAAUUAAAAAUA